UACUGCUGUGGACUGAGGACGUAGCACAGACUGGGCUUCAUCUACUUUGGGCUAUACUGACGCCUGCACCACAAUAGGCUGUUUACCCGCGGCUGUUGUUGUUGUUGUUGUUGUUUUUUAAAAAAUAUAUAUAUAUUUGAACAAAAGCAAUAAUGGAAGGACACGUCUGCAACAUCCAGGUGCUUCUUCGGGCUGCUGAGUUUCUGGAGAGAAGAGAGCGAGAGGCAGAACAUGGAUAUGCUUCAGUGCUGCCUCUCAGCCCAGAUCUCUCUGACAAGAGAAGCAAACAGAAGAGCAAGAAGAUAGCUGCUGGUGGCAAUAGGUCGGUUCACAACGAGCUGGAGAAAAACAGACGAGCUCAGCUGAGGCACUGCCUGGAGCAGCUCAAGAAGCAGGUCCCUCUGUCGUCUGACUCCAUGAGGAACACCACCCUCAACCUGCUGAGGCGAGCUCAGCUUCACAUAAAGAAGCUGCAGGAGCAGGAUGAGCGUGCAGAGCAGAUGAAGGGACGCCUGCGCUGGGAGCAGAGAGAGCUGAGGGUUCGGCUGGAGCAGCUGCAGAGAGGCUCGGAGAGGAUGAGGAACGACAGCCAGGGGUCCACCAUGUCCUCCGAGAGGUCUGACUCCGACAGAGAGGAUGUGGAGGUUGAUGUGGAGAGCAUCAUGUUUGACUGUGUGGACUCUGAUGGACUGAGCAUUACGCACACUGGUGCAGACCACUGUUACUCCAGCAUGGACAAAGCUUGGCUAUGACGGCACAAAAAAAAAAAAAAAAAAGCUACGUUAACUCGUUUCAUUUCACUAGGUGCACAGGAAGAGGAGUAAACAUUCCAAAAAAACAAACAAGCGAACGGAGGAAGAGGGAGAACGGACAGGUGUUACUGUACAACUGAACACUUUUUUUAAAAUUUUGUUUUGUUUUUUACAGAAGGAGUAAUGUUUGACAUUUUCUUUUUCAAAAUAUAUCAGACUACAAGCUAAAUGAUAUUAUGAAUGAGCUGUGUUCAUUUGCACUGAAUAGCAGUUAAAAUCACUGGGCUGGGAUGGAUGUAACAUUACGCGUUUCUG